CUUGCAGCUCUUGAUUUUGCCGAUGUUGACGCUGCUUUAUGUACUGUACGUGCACAACUUCUCCCUCUUCGCCUGUGCGUCCCUCCACCCGCGAGCUUAAUUUGUUCAGCAGCAGCUACAGUAGGCCCCGCCGCUGCGAUUGCGGGCGGUGUGGGCGGUGCGGGUGUUGCGCUGCAGCUGCUGUGCGUUCCUGCGUCGAAGUUGGCUGCUGCUGCUGCUGCUGCUGCUGCGAGUGAACGCGAGAUGUGCUGCCGCCGUGCUUUGUGGUGAGAGAGUCUGAGUGAGUGAUGUGGUCGAGCAAGGGACGCGGUACGUUGCGGCAAGGCAAGCUCGGUCCUUUGGAGCCGGAGUCGGUCGUGCGCUACACGUUCUGCCGCUCCACAACAACUGCUGAUAGCCAGAGGCGCAAGAUUGCUAAUCGACUGGAUGCCACCAGCCAAGGGUCGAGAUUGUCACAGAUCAAGGAAGAGGUCACGUACGACAAUGUAGAGGUGGCUAUAGACACUCUGUGUCGCUGCGGGUCCGCGGAGAGUCUCCCCUUUCAAUUUGACGCGCGCGGCCAGCGGCAAUGAUAGGGAAAGAAGAUGACGAGAUGGGGUCGGUUGUUGUGGGGCCGAGGGGGGAAGUGUUGCGAAUUGCGAGACGAAGUGAUUUUUUGGUCUAACGCUACGCAGCGGGAAGUGGGCGUGCGGGGACGUGAUAAGCGCAAUCACUCGGUCACCGCGAUCGUGUGAGAGUGGUGAGUCACAGUGAGUGGUGUUGUGUUAUUGCCCCAGAGAUUGGAUGCAAAGUCUGCAACUCGUGAUGGCGUGCUGGUGUGUACAAUAAGCAAGCCUGGACGUGUGGAUAUGCUAUGCUG